AACACCAAUAAUCUUCACACACACAGAGAGAUCGAAAUGUUUGGAAAGGAUAAAAUAUUUGCUGUUGAAAUUUGGAUGGGAUUGAUGAUACUAUGUCUAGCUGCCGGGGAGGUACAUGCAAAAGCAUCAUGUUAUUUCAAAUGCCUUUUCUCAUGCGUUUCUUUCCUCCACCCAUAUCAUGGAUGCUUCGAGACCUGUAUGGGCAAAUGCGAGGGUGACGCGGGACCUGGCGGUAGUGUUGUCUCUACCGCCGCCGCAAAAUGUGCUUUCACUUGUGUGAAAGAAAAGUGCGCCAAAUUUGCGCCCGAUUCGAAGAAAGCUAAAGUUUGUGCCCAAAGCUGCGCCAAUGACUGCCACCUCACAUAGUUCUAGUGGUUCCUUAUUAUUAAUGAAAUCCUCUGAGAAAUUAUUAUAUGUACUAUAUGGAGAGGCAGUGAUAAACCUCGACAUAAAAUUAAUGUUGCAUCAAUUAAAAUAAUGCGAAUUUAAUAUGCUUAGUUUCAA